AAAUUUUUCUUUGAAGCAAUCUGACAUACCGCCGCCGAACACACUAUUUUAUAACGCUGUUCGAGAUCGAGAACGUCGAGAACAUUCUCGAACCAUGUAGAAACAUAAUAAUGUACAAAUACGUCGUUAAAAACUCCGGAAAAAUUAUUUGUAAGUGUACCAAAGAAUGUCGAAGUGCGCCGAAAGUGGUUGCAACUUGCUCGGAGGGAUCCCAAUGACAUAUCGAGUAGUUCAAAUAUUUUCUUCUGUGAAGACCAUUUCGAUAUGGAAAAGGACAUGGCAAAUUACUAUCAGUACAAAAUGGGUUUCAGCCUGAAAAUAAUUUUGAAAGAAAAAGUUUUGCCUUCUAAAUUUCAUUGCCAUUCAGAUCCUUACCAAUCCACAUUUAUCAAACGGCAAAGAAUGGAAGUUGUUCGACAACCUAUAAUAACCAAUGAUGAGCCUACUGCUCCUACUGUAGUUGAAGCUUGUACAGAAGAUUUUGAUAAUAAUCAAGUUUUAGAAUACAAGAUAAAAUUGGAAGAGGAGUUUUGCUAUGAAUCCCUGGAGACAAAUGAACCGUUACUUGAUGUGAAUGUAGAUAUGAAACGCGAAAGCGAGUUGCACAUCAAAGAUGAAAUAAAAAUGGAGGAGGAUCACCCGCAAUGCCAAAUUUGUCUCAGUGUCGGUCGGAAGAUGUUUCCGAUAAGCAAAUACGAAAACACCUAUAAGAGGUUACUGUACGACGAAUAUCAGGACCACGGUGAUGUUACAUUCGACACGACGCUCGUCUGUUGGGAGUGUAACGCGUUGCUGCGGAACGUCGGACAGUUUCAGAAUAGAAUCAGACAGGCUAACGAGAUGCUGCAGAUGCAACAAAAUAUAGUCUCGCUAUCCACUUUGACGACGGUUGUGUUCAGUGACUCGAAUCCAAACGGUAUAUACUUGUCAGAGGAAAAUACACGACACCAGAUGAACAGCGAGAACGAUGACCAAAUCAAAGAUCACGGAGGCACGUCUGACAAAGAUUCUAUAGGUGAAGACGAACCACUGGAAGAACUAACAAACGAAGAAGAAGAAAUACCUAAAGAGAAAACGGUCGAUAGGAACAAAUGGGCGAAGAGACGCGUACUUGUAAACAGAGAACCUAAGUUCAGAAUGAUUGAACAUUUCAAUGAAAUGUUCAAGAAGGCUUCGUUCAGUAUCAAGAUAUUGCAAGAGGUUUUAGAAGAACGCAGGAUACAGGAGUGUUAUACGGGAAGCGAGUUCAGAUGUUCGUCGUGUAUACAAAGAUUUGAUAAUAGAGAAGCUUUGAUGGAACACAACAUUCAGUAUCACGAUAAGAGCGUCGGCAUGCACGUUUGCGACAUUUGCCGAUCGAGGUUCGCCGACGUACAGACUCUGUCGUCGCAUCUGUUCAGCCAUUACUACGUGUUCUACUGCAAGCUGUGUGACUACAAGUGCUACAGCGAGGACGACACGAGAAGCCAUGCGCGUGCGCAGCACGGGAGUAAGGCGAUGGAGUGUCUCAAGUGUAACGGACUGUUCAGCACUCGACGUGAGUUCUACAAACAUUAUAGAGACUUCCACGAGACGUACAUCUGUGACUACUGUGGGCUAAGAUACAAGUUGAAGGACAGUCUCAUCAUCCAUAUAAGGAAAAAACACUCAACACGAGAGUGCAAUAUCUGUAAGAAGACAUUCUCCCGUUACAACAGCCUGUGGCUACACAACAAAGUGCACCACGGACCGCCAUCGGCGACGGCUUACUGCGUCGAGUGCGAUGCCGAAUACGCCGACACGUAUCGCUACAAGUGGCACUUGGCGAACAGUGUUAGACACAGGCCGAGGGAGGCUGUGAGACCAACAAGAUCCUCGCCAACCACACGCGCACGCACACGCAGCGUCAGCUCGCGUGCGCACAUUGUCCCGCACGCUUCGCGCACAAACGCGUGCUGGCGUCGCACAUGAGGGCGAUGCAUUCCAGCUGAACUAUACGUUUAACAGUUUUGUUUACUGAAGAAUGAUUUUUGUUCAAUCGUCAGUUAAAUAAUAAAU